UCAACAAGCAAACAGCUGUAGUUGGCGCAACCUUCCAAACGAAACCGAAUCUCGUUCCGUACCGGCGCAGUUUGCUAGUGAAUUGUCCGACACAAGUCCCAAUUUGUUCGGUUAGUUAGUUCAAUCGGAUCACCUCCAACCUAUAGUUGGACUAUGAAGGCAACAGGGCGCAUCCCCGGCCGAAUGGCAGUCAUUAAACGGGUGAAACGUUACUCAGCCGUGGUCUUCCUGUUUGUACCGGUAAUACUGCUGAUCCUGUUUCUGCACCAGUUCCGGUCAUCCAACCUGUCGAAACUUCACCAUCAUUUGGAGGAUUGGUACCAGUGGCGGCAUCAGCAGCGUCAGAAGGACGAGAGUGAUUAUCUGUGGCGGUACAUCAAACGGGUCUGUCGAGUUCAGUAUGGGGACCGGCAGCUUUCAACGCUAAGCGAAGAGCAGCUGGAGGCGAACACCGCCACAAUUGGGACUCCGGCGGGAACUUUAAGUUGGUGCAAAACUUUCGACGGAAACGUGUCUUUUGCAGGUUUGAACGAAUGGCUUCGACCGUUCCGCCGGGAGGAGCAGCCCGUCUACGGGCAACUGAAACCGACGAAACGCUUCCACCUACUACUGGUAGAACACCCGUUCCUACGAUUGGCUCGAUUCUAUCGGGACUGUCUGCAAAAUGUAUCCACGGCCAGCGGUGGACCAUUUAUCUUUCUCGCGCUGGAAAUACGAGCCAAAUCGACUUACCUGGAUCUGAUGAACCCGCCGAGUUUCAGCCAUUUUCUUCGCUUCGCGACCGAUGACGCCAAUCGAUGGAGCGCUUAUGCAGCCUACUGGCAACCCUAUACGAUGACGUGUGAGCCGUGUCGUUCAGGGCAGUUCACGGGGUAUGAUGCCGUGGUGAAGUUAGAACCGAGCAGGAUGGGAACACUGCGUCGGGUGUUGUUUGGUGAAGCAGGGGGAAAUGUUUCGAUAGGGGAUAGUGACUGGCAGAAAGAAGUUGAGCAACUUCGAACACUGUAUCAAUCCGUGGAUGAGGAACUAAUGGAGCGGUUGGUCGAUUACUAUCAGGAUGAUUUGACGGUGUUGGCCUACAGUGCGGAACAGUUCUUUCGGGAAGUGUACCGAAGUUUUUCUAGUGAAAUAAUUCAAGUGAGGCCUUUUUAGAGUGGGAGAUACUCACCCCGAUUAGAGGAAGGUUA